AUGGCAGGUAGUAAUAGUACAAAGAACUUUACUGAAGUUUCUUUAGCAUUUGUUAUGUCCAUAGUAGCUCUUGCUAUAAUGCUAGGAAAUGCUGUGGUCAUUUUAGCUUUUGUGAUGGACAAAAACCUUAGACAUCGAAGUAAUUAUUUUUUUCUUAACUUGGCCAUUUCUGACUUCUUCGUGGGUAUGAUUUCCAUUCCUUUGUUCAUCCCUCACACACUGUUCAACUGGAAUUUUGGAAUACAAAUCUGUACAUUUUGGCUUAUAAUUGACCAUCUUUUGUGUACAGCAUCUGUGUAUAAUAUUGUCCUCAUCAGCUAUGAUCGAUACCAGUCAGUUUCAAAUGCUGUAUCUUAUAGGAGUCAACACACUGGGAUCUUAAAGAUUGUGGCUCAGAUGGCGGCUGUCUGGGUGUUGGCUUUCUUAGUGAAUGGACCGAUGAUACUAGUUUCAGAGUCCUGGAAUAAGGAAAACAGGACUAAUGAAUGUGAACCUGGGUUUAUUUCAAAAUGGUAUGUCAUUAUCAUCACGUCAUUCUUGGAAUUCCUGGUCCCGAUCAUCUUAGUGGCUUAUUUUAACGUACAGAUUUACUGGAGCCUAUGGAAGCGUGGGACUCUUAAUAGGUGUCUCAGCCAUCCUGGAUUCAUCUCUGCCUCUUCCAGUGACUCUGGACACUCCUCCAGACGUGGUCUAGGUUCAAGGACAUCUCUACCUGACCGGAAGGAAGAAGCUGCAUCUUUUCAUUCAGAAAGACCAAGAAAAAAUAUCAACCUCUUGGUUUCCUUAAGAACCCACACACAUAGCAGUUUCAUUGCUUCUAAAACAGGUUCCCUUUCCCGCUUUGAUUCCAUAGCUCUUCAACAAAGGGAUAAUUUUGAACUUCUCAGAGCCAGGAAAUUAGCCAAGUCCCUGGCCAUUCUUUUAAGUGCUUUUGCUGUUUGCUGGGCUCCAUAUUCUCUAUCCACAAUUAUACUUUCCAUUUAUCCGCAAAGGGAGCGUGGUAAAGCAGUCUGGUACAAAUUUGUGUUUUGGCUGCAGUGGUUCAAUUCAUUUGUCAAUCCUAUUUUGUACCCUUUGUGUCAUAAGCGUUUUCAGAAGUCAUUCUUGAAAAUUUUUUGUAUGAAGAAGCAGCCCAUACUACCAUAUAAUCGGUCAAUAUCCUCUUGA